GGCCGGGCGCUGGAAUGCAGUCUUCCCCGGCGAGAGAGACUUUGCACGGGAGCGGAGAGUAGUUUGGGGUGGGGUUUCGCACCGUCCCCUCCUCUCCACCCCCCGGGCCCCCUUCCAGGCGCUUUCUGGAAGCGUUUUUUCAGAACGGCGCCCUGAAGUUUAAAGACCAGAGAGGAGCCUGGGCCGGAGGCAGGGACAAUGGAAGAAAACGAAAGCCAGAAAUGUGAGCCAUGCCUUCCUUACUCAGCAGACAGCAGACAGAUGCCGGAACAAGGAAAGAGCAACCUGCAGGUGACAUCCUUAGAAGAUGCAGAAUGUCGCAGAACCAAGGAGCGCCUUUCUAAUGGGAACAGCCGUGUUUCAGCUUCCAAACCUUCCCGCAACAUCCCGAGGAGACACACUCUAGGUGGGCCUCGAAGUUCCAAAGAAAUCCUGGGAAUGCAAACGUCGGAGAUGGACCGGAAGAGAGAAGCUUUCCUGGAACAUCUGAAGCAGAAGUAUCCGCAUCAUGCCACCGCCAUCAUGGGCCACCAGGAGAGGCUGAGAGACCAGGCUUUGCAGUGCAUGCUGGUCUCUCUUCAGGCAGAACUUGACAUUCAAAGGUACUUGAUGAAAAUUGAAUCAUCUCAGCGAACGAGAAGCCCCAAACUCUCUCACAGUCCUCAGCCUCCCAACUUGGGCGACCCAGUGGAGCAUCUAUCAGAGGCGUCUGCUGAUUCUUUGGAAGCCAUGUCUGAGGGAGAAACUCCCAGUCCUUUCUCCAGAGGCAGCCGGACUCGGGCAAGCCUUCCGGUGGUGAGGUCCACCAACCAGACGAAAGAAAGAUCUCUGGGGGUUCUUUAUCUCCAGUAUGGAGAUGAAACCAAGCAGCUCAGGAUGCCGAACGAAAUUACAAGUGCAGACACAAUCCGUGCUCUCUUCGUAAGUGCCUUUCCACAGCAGCUCACCAUGAAAAUGCUGGAGUCGCCCAGUGUCGCCAUUUACAUCAAAGAUGAAAGCAGAAAUGUCUAUUACGAACUGAAUGAUGUCAGGAACAUUCAGGACAGAUCCCUUCUCAAAGUGUACAACAAGGAUCCUGCCCACGCAUUCAACCACACACCGAAAACUGUGAACGGAGAGAUGAGGAUGCAGAGAGAAAUUGUUUAUGCAAGAGGAGAUGGCCCUGGUGCCUCUCGACCUGGACCCACAGCUCUUCCACCCCACGCCAUUCCAAACUCUCCUCCAUCUACUCCUGUGCCCCAUUCCAUGCCUCCCUCUCCAUCCAGAAUUCCGUACGGAGGCACCCGCCCAAUGGUGGUUCCUGGUAAUGCCACCAUCCCCAGGGACAGACUCUCCAGCCUGCCAGUCUCCAGAUCCAUCUCCCCCAGCCCCAGCGCCAUCCUGGAAAGAAGAGACGUAAAGCCGGAUGAAGACAUGAGCAGCAAAAACCUCGCCAUGUACCGGAAUGAGGGUUUCUAUGCCGACCCUUACCUUUAUCACGAGGGGCGGAUGAGCAUAGCGUCUUCGCACGGCGGGCACCCGCUGGAUGUCCCGGAUCACAUCAUCGCGUAUCACCGCACCGCCGUUCGGUCAGCCAGUGCUUACUGCAGCCCAUCUCUGCAAGCGGAGAUGCACCUGGAGCAGGCCCUGUACAGACAGAAGCCAAGGAAGUACCCAGAGAGCCACUUGCCCACUCUGGGCGCCAAGACGCCACCGGCGUCUCCUCACCGAGUCAGCGACCUGAGGAUGGUGGAGAUGCACGGCCACCAUAACACCCACGGGCCCCCGCACACGUUGCAGCCGGACCGGGCCUCGCCCAGCCGCCAGGGCUUCAAGAAGGAGCCCGGCACCUUGGUGUACAUUGAGAAGCCACGGACCACUCCAGGAUUAUCCGGGGUUGUGGACCUCGGCCCUCCUCUAGUUGAGAAGCAGGUGUUCGCUUACAGCACGGCUACCAUACCCAAAGACCGAGAGACCAGUGAGAAAAUGAUGAAAACCACAGCCAGUAAGAACCAAGCAGAUGGUGCAGGAACGCCCCAGGUUUCCGGUGGGAAGACUCUCGGCGCCGUGGAUUCCUCGGGGCCGCCCGGCCAGCCCGCGCCCGCCAGCGCCUCCGCGGUCCACGCGAGCCUGCUCGACAUGAGGCGGAGCGUGGCCGAGCUCAGGCUCCAGCUGCGGCAGAUGCGACAGCUCCAGCUGCAGAACCAGGAGCUGCUGAAGGCAAUGAUGAGGAAGGCUGAGCAGGAAAUCAGCAGCAAAGUGAUCGAGACGAUGAAGAGACUGGAGGACCCUGUGCAGCGCCAGCGGGUCCUGGUGGAGCAGGAGAGGCAGAAGUACCUGCACGAAGAGGAGAGGAUCGUCCGCAAGCUGGGUGACCUGGAAGACUUCGUUGAUGAUCUAAAGAAGGACUCCACCUCGGCCAGCCGUGUAGUGACUCUGAAAGACGUGGAGGAUGGGGCUUUCCUGCUGCGCCAGGUGGGAGAGGCCGUCGCCUCCCUGAAAGGAGAAUUUCCAACCUUACAAAAUAAGAUGCGAGCCAUCCUGCGCAUAGAAGUGGAGGCAGUGCGGUUCCUGAAGGAGGAGCCACACAGGCUGGACAGUCUCCUACAGAGAGUGCGCGGCCUGACGGACACCCUGACCAUGCUGCGGAGGCAUGUCACUGAUGGGCUCUUGAAAGGCUCAGAUGCAGCCCAGGCCGCUCAGUACGUCGCUAUGGAGAAGGCCACAGCCGCCGAGGUCCUGAAGGCCCAGGAGGAGGCCCCCCACAGCUCGGGCCAGCCCGUCCCCGGCGACGUGAAGGCAGAAGUGGUGCCCUUGGCUGUCCACCACGCGCAGAGCUCUCCCGUGGUCAUCCAGCCGUCCCAGCUCUCCUCCGCGCUGCUGAACCCUGCCCAGCACGCACCUGGGGGCCCAGGCCCUCACCCCGCCAGCGCCCCCGCCGCCACGCAGGAGGCCCCCUCCACUCUGCUGUCCCCGCAGAUGCCCGGGGAUGGCUCCUCCGUGCAGAGCCUAUUCAUCGAGGAAAUCCACAGUGUGAGCGCCAGGAACAGAGCGGUGUCUAUCGAGAAAGCAGAAAGGAAAUGGGAAGAGAAAAGGCAAAAUCUGGACCACUAUAACGGGAAGGAGUUUGAAAAACUCCUAGAAGAAGCCCAGGCCAAUAUUAUGAAGUCAAUUCCAAACCUGGAGAUGCCACCAGCCUCAGGCCCCCAGCCAAAGGGUGAUGCUCCAGUGGACAAAUUAGAACUUUCAGAAGACUCUCCAAAUUCAGAACUGGACUUGGACAAGCUGGGGGGUAGGUCCCCACCUCCUCCUCCACCACCUCCACGGCGAAGCUACCUGCCAGGAUCUGGGCUCACCACCACAAGGUCGGGGGACGUGGUCUACACCGGCAGGAAGGAGAGUGCCACUGCUAAGGCAACCAGUGAAGAUGCUGGACCAAGUCCACAGGCUAGAGCCGCAAAGUGUCCGGCCGAAGAGCCGGCAUCAGCCUGGGCCCUAUCGCCAGCCCCCAUCACUGCUUCUGCAAAGGAGGAGGAGGAGGAGGAGGAGGAGGAGGGAGACAAAAUCAUGGCGGAACUUCAGGCAUUCCAGAAGUGUUCCUUUAUGGAUGUAAAUUCAAACAGUCACGCUGAGCAGUCCCGGGCUGACAGCCACGUUAAAGACACUAGGCCGGGGGCCACAGCCCCAUCCAAGGAGAAGAAGGGCAUUUUUGGAAGUUGGAGAACCAAGCAACCCAAGAAUUUGGAAUUUUUCCAUGAAGACGUACGGAAAUCUGAUGUUGAGUAUGAAAAUGGCCCACCAGUGGAAUCCCGGAAGGUUACCCCAGGGGCUCUCACACCUAGUGACCAUCCUAAGUGGGAAAGAGGAAUGGAGAAUAGUAUUUCUGAUGCAGCAAGAACAGCAGAAUACAAAACUGACAUCUCAGUGAAGGAAAGUUCCCUCUCCACUAAGAGUUUACUUAGAGACAGUAAAAACCAUUCCCAGAAAAAUGUGUCGAAAGUCAAUUCUAGUUUCUCUGGUAUUAGUUCAUUCGAAUGUGAAAUCAACAAAGAACCUAAAAAGUCCGGGCUGCAGUACCCUGCAUCUGAUGCUGAGAAUCAGAAGAUGAAUUAUGGGAAGACAAAGGGGGUGAGUCAGCAAGGACAGGAAGAUUCAGAGAAGGGUCACCUUCCCUCUCCCACUAGAUCAACCGAAUUGACGACUCGUGAUGUCAAAACUCCAGACCAAGAGGUUCCCAUGACAGAGUUUGGCCAAGUUGUCUUAAGACCAAAGGGAGCUAAGCAUGCUAACACGAUGCCUAGUGAGGAUGGGGAGUCCACACCAAGUUCUCCCAGUGAGGAGAAGGCAACCACUGACAACAUUGCCUUCAUGAUCACCAAAACCGCGGUCCAGGCUCUCUCCAGUGGGGAGGUCCGCGAUAUAGUGAGCCGACAGGGGGAAGAUGUACAGACAGUCAACAUUGACGCCAAAAAAGAGACCCUGUCCCAGCAGGAAGGCACUGAAAGUGAAGACCCUGUGGUGUGCCUGGACAAGAAGCCUGUGAUCAUCAUCUUUGAUGAGCCCAUGGACAUCCGGGCUGCAUACAAGAGACUUUCAACCAUAUUUGAGGAGUGUGACGAGGAACUGGAGAGAAUGAUGAGGGAAGAAAAGAUAGAGGAAGAGGAAGAGGAGGAGACUGGAGACCCUGUGGUCCAGAAUGACACUACCCAGAAGUUUCCUAAGGAGGGGGCUUUGGGUAGCCCUCGAGCAGGGCAGGAAGCCAAGAGUAAAUUGCAGCCACACUUCCUUUCAGUGGAGACAGGAGUGUCAGGAGGACAGGAAGUGAAUAAAACCGAGCAGAUCAAGUUCAACCCAACUGAUUCUCCAAGCUCAGAAAGCCAGGGUGAUGUGACCGAUGACCAGUUUGAAAGCCCCAAGAAAAAGUUCAAGUUCAAAUUCCCAAAGAAGCAGCUUGCGGCUCUCACGCAAGCCAUUCGCACAGGCACGAAGACUGGGAAGAAGACGUUACAGGUGGUGGUCUACGAAGAGGAGGAAGAGGAUGGCACGCUGAAACAGCACAAGGAAGCCAAGCGAUUCGAGAUCAGUAGGUCUCCAUCCGAAGACGCCCCUAAAAGCCUGUUCAGGAGACUAGAGCAGCCCAGUCUGGAGAGUACUGCUCCGGUUUCAAGAACUGAUGAAAUCAGAAAAAAUACCUACAGGACGUUGGACAGCCUGGAGCAGACAAUCAAACAGCUGGAAAACACCAUCAGUGAGAUGAGCCCCAAAGCUCUAGUUGAGACCGCAUGUUCUUCCCACAGAGAUUCCGUUGCAAGUUCAUCCCACACGGCCCAGGAGGCCGGUCCCCCGUCCUUGCUAGUCCUGGACGAAGCAUCCACUGCCUUAGAGCCCCCCUCAUCUAUACCUUCAGCUUCACGUAAGGGCUCCACUGGGACCCCUCAGACGAGCAGGAUGCCAGUCCCCAUGAGCUCCAAGAACAGACCCGGAAGCCUGGACAAGCCUGGCAAGCAGUCCAAACUGCAGGACCCCCGCCAGUACCGCCAGGCUAAUGGAAGUGCUAAGAAAGCUGGUGGGGACUGUAAGCCUACUUUCCCCUCCUUACCUGCUUCUAAGAUUCCAGCCCUUUCUCCCAGCUCUGGGAAAAGCGGUUCUCUGCCUUCUUCUAGUGGUGACGGCCCUAACUUCCCUAAUCCGCCUGCUACUAAACCAUCGGUUCCUUCUAACCCUCUCAGCCCCCACACAGGACGACCUGCUCCCUCCGCCUCCCUGAUCCCCUCUGUCUCUAACGGCUCCUUAAAGUUUCAGAGCCCCACUCAUACAGGGAAAGGUCACCAUCUCUCAUUCUCACUGCAGACUCAAAACGGCCGAGCAGCCCCUCCUUCCUUCUCCUCCUCCCCCCCGUCCCCUGCCUCCCCCACUUCACUGAAUCAAGGUGCAAAGAGCAUCAGGAGCAGCCACACUCCUAGCCUCACCAGCUACAAGGCACAGAACGGAAGUUCAAGCAAAGCCACCCCAUCCACAGCAAAGGAAACCUCUUAAAGGCCAAAUCCAAUUAAUCACAAGUUGGAGUUACAUUUAAGAAAAAAAAAUUUUUUUUAACGGUCUUACUGUUUUCACAAGAGAAUGUAACAUAUUGCUGUACUGUUUGAGGCUUAAUGCUAAGUAUGUGCUAAAUACUGACUUAACAGACUUCAGUAAAGCUUUUUUUUUUUUUUACUUUGUUGCUGUUCUAAUUACAUAGUGUUUACUGUCUCUAUUCAGUACCUGUUAAAUGAAGCAAGCAUGUGUUACCAAAAAAGAGAGUAUGGCGAGAGAGAAGGGUGUGUGUGAGGCAGGAAAAUAAAAAAUGUAUUAAGCAUGUAAAACAUGUAUGAUUCCAGAAUUUUAGUAUGUUUUGUAUAAAAAUAUUUUUCAUUACGGAGACUAGAAGUGAACAGAGAAAUACACAAGUGUGACUAUACAAAUUGUAAAACAGAUACUAUUAUAUUUCCUUUUAUUUUAGUGUUAUUUAGCUUUAUUACAGAUUUCUAUUUUUGUCAAAACUUCAUGGUUUCUUUCGAGAUCUUUUUUGCCAAAACAUUUUGAUACUAUAGCAUUGUACAUUUGAAAGUAGUGUGCUAGACAAGAAGCCAGUGAACUUCUGCACAAGCCAACACAGAGGCACGUGUAGAAGGCAAUUAUCAACCCUACUGCACUGCCAUAAAAGUUAUGUAUAAUAAUUUGCCAGCCCAAGCAAGCUAGUUCUGCUUUUCUUUCUUUCUUUUCAACGUAUUGGGAUUCUCUAGUUGUUUUCUUUGCAGUAUCUCAAUCCUCCCUUUGUUUUCUGAGACCUGGUAACCCACACUACUGCAUUGUGGAUUUUAAAAUGUACACUUAUGUGCGGUUCUGUAAACUGAUCAACUUUUGUAAAUAUAUAAAUAGAUGCCAAAAAUACUGUAUGUGACAGCACACAGAGUAGUUUUCCCACACCAAAGUUCAUUUUUAUGCAUGCUUUAAACAUCUAUCUUGGGAUGGGCAGAAAUGGGACUUGCCGGACAUUUUUAAAAAGCAACAAGUUUGCACAGCUAGAGUGUUUUUGUAAAUAAGUGUAUUUGUAUAACACAGUCAUGUAAUAUACAGAACUAUAAGCAGAGACUUUGCAAAACUAAAUAAAGGGCUGCAUGCUUACUAUUUUUUGUACCUUGUCCCUAUAACUACUUACUAGUCAAAGAACAAACAUAAACUGUUACCAAGUUAAAUGCUUUUGGCUUUGAGGGCAUGAUAAGAAAACAUGUAACCAGAUGCAGAGGGGUUUUCUGAAAGCUCUGGGGCAGUGCAUUCUGAGAAAUUCAUUACAAAUAUACAAAUAUAGUGCCUUCCCAUGAAACCUCCAACCUUCUUCGUGGCUUAGCAAGGUUUAGCUGAUAGCAAGCAAACCAGAUAGAGUUUCUACCACCCUCCUUUACCAG